UUUCUGACUGAGACUGACUGCCAUCGAGUGACAAUCUCGCCAAAUUGCAAGUGUGAGAAGCGGGCGCCACUACUACGUCACGAUACUGUUCGGUCACGUUGAGACAGCGAGUAAAUAUGUUACUUUUUGUCGCUUAUUUAACAACCUAGAGCAUGUUUAAAUUUAUGCCAACUUAUUAGCUUUCUCAUCUAUUGCUUAACGAUUCCGUGGUAAACUUUCUAAACAAUGGUCGUAAGUAGACACUAGGCUAGCCGUGUUUGUUGUCCGUUAAAAGUGCGUAACGUUAUUUAUAAACAUUAGCACGGUGCGCUGAGGAUCGGGAAGUGAAAUAAAUCUGCAAGUUUGAUCUGUUGUUGAUUUGAAGAAAGUUCCUGCUGUUCUCCAAAGUGUUGAGAGAAGAACUAAAAAAUGAUGUUGUGUCCACGCUCACUCAUUUUGGAUAAGGUCCUAAAGUCUGCAGUGUCCUUCACCUACAGGAAGUUUUCAAUGGGUCAAAUAUCCCAACAAGGGAAGGUUCCUGAUAUGGCUGAAGUUCGCAACAGGCUGAGAGAAAUAGUUGGUGGAUCUACCAACUGGCAAGAUCAUCAGCAAGUGCUGGCUGAGCGUGCAACACUAAGCCAAUAUCUUGCUCAGAGUCAGGAUCAACUGCCUACAAAAAGAAUGAAAGACAGUAUGAUAGAGGCGCAUCUUCCUCUGGGUUCCCAGCCUGCCUUGAGAGAAAAAUAUCUUAACUCUCACAACAGCGUCAGGUUUGGUCGUAUUUUGGAGGACUUGGACUGUUUAGGAGUGCUCAUCUGUUACUCUCACACACGGAAUAAGGAGCUGAAAAGAUCUCCACUGUCUAUUGUCACCGCCCUAGUGGACAAGAUCGACAUGAGAAAAAACAUAAUCUACCCUGACUGUGACAUCAAGUUCACAGGUCAUGUGACAUGGGUUGGCAAAACCUCAAUAGAAGCUACAAUGCACAUGUCUCAGUACCAAGAUGGUGCGUACACAGAUGUAUUAGAUGCCACAUUUGUUAUGGUGGCUCGAGAUCCUGAAAAUAAAAGAGCAGCUUUUGUAAACCCACUCAAACCUGAGGGUCCGGAGGAAGAGGCCAUUUUUCAUCAGGGGGAAGUCAACAAGACGAGGCGUGUGGAGCUGAGCACAGCGUCUCUUCUGAAAGUGGCUCCUACAGCUGAAGAGAGGACUCUUGUUCAUGACCUGUUCCUCAGCACUCUAGACACACGACGUGUGAGUUUUCAUGGUCGUAUUCUACCGCCAAAUUCAGUGUGGAUGGAGGACGCCAAACUCAAAGGGCUAGAGAUUUGCCACCCAGAGGAAAGAAAUAUCUUCAACCGGAUAUUUGGUGGUUUUCUGAUGAGAAAGGCCUAUGAACUUGGUUGAGCCAAUGCCUGUGCAUUUGCUGGCUGCAGACCAACUGUGGUGGCUGUGGAUGAUAUCUUAUUUAGUAAACCAGUAGAAAUAGGUUCUUUGCUCCUGCUGUCUUCUCAGGUUUGUUAUACAGAAGGAAUGUACGUCCAGGUCAGGGUUCAUUCAGAAGUGCUUGAUCCUUUGACCAGGCAGCACAACACCACCAAUGUGUUUCACUUCACUUUCCGUCUUGAAAAGGAUGUCCCAGCUGUUGUCCCACAGAGCUAUGGAGAGUCUAUGCUGUACCUGGAUGGAAAGAGGCACUUUGAUGGGACAAUGAGGAACCACUGUUGAGCAUCCUAGGAUGUCCUGAUAGGAUGAAAUACUUUUUACCUGAUAAAGCCUCACCAACAUCCAUCACUACAGUUACAUGAAUGUGUAUAUGUGGAUUCUGGUUUGAUUUUCAAAAUGUCUAUUCUACAGCUUUCACAUGCAUGCAUUUAAUACAUUCAGUGAUCAGUCAUUUAAUUUAUAAGUUUAUACAUUUUUUGAAUCACUUUCUAUGACAUGUUUAAAAUGUGAGAUAUAAAUGUGGAAAACACUGUGACUACAAUACUACAAUGUGUAACACUAAAACAACCAUCCAAGCAA